AUUGGCAUUGGACGGUCACUCUGCUCGCCAGAGUUCAUAUUCAUUGCUUAUAAUUUCAACUAAUUCAACGUGUCUCGCUUUAGUGGGCAUUAUGGUCGACAAUUUGGAGCCCCUGGAGCCCAGCCUACAGAAUCUCGUUGAGCAGGACUCCCUGAAGUGGAUCUUUGUUGGCGGAAAGGGCGGCGUGGGCAAGACGACUUGCAGUUCCAGCCUGGCCGUUCAGUUGUCGAAAGUGCGCGAAUCGGUUCUGAUCAUAUCCACAGAUCCGGCCCACAACAUAUCGGAUGCAUUCGAUCAAAAGUUCACCAAGGUGCCCACAAAGGUUAAUGGCUUCGACAACCUGUUCGCCAUGGAAAUCGACCCCAAUGCCGGUCUUAACGAGCUGCCCGAGGAGUACUUCGAGGGCGAAAACGAGGCGCUGCGCGUGAGCAAGGGCGUCAUGCAGGAGAUGAUUAACGCUCUACCCGGCAUCGACGAGGCGAUGAGCUAUGCGGAGGUAAUGAAGCUGGUCAAGGGCAUGAACUUCUCGGUAGUCGUCUUCGACACGGCGCCCACAGGACAUACACUGCGUCUGAUUGCGUUUCCCCAAGUGGUGGAGAAGGGGCUGGGCAAGCUGCUGCGUCUUAAGAUGAAGGUGGCGCCGCUGCUGUCACAGUUCGUCUCCAUGCUGGGCAUGGCUGACUUAAACGCCGACACACUCUCCCAGAAGCUAGACGACAUGCUGCGCGUCAUUACCCAGGUCAACGAGCAGUUCAAAAACCCAGAUCAAACUACAUUUGUAUGCGUUUGCAUAGCAGAGUUCUUCUCGCUGUACGAGACAGAACGGCUGGUCCAAGAGCUAACCAAGUGCGGCAUCGACGUCCAUAACAUAAUUGUAAACCAGUUGCUGUUUCUGCAGAACUCACACGACUCGUGCAGCAUGUGCGCCUCCCGCUUUAAGAUUCAGGAGAAGUACCUGGACCAGAUUGCCGACCUGUAUGAAGACUUCCAUGUAACCAAGUUGCCGCUCCUCGAGAAAGAGGUGCGCGGUCCAGAGAGCAUCCGUUCCUUCUCCGAGAACCUUAUGAAGCCCUACGAGCCAAAGGCAAAGCCCAAGGAAUAGGAAUGGCCGCCCAACCCUUAACCCAUCCGUUUGUAAGUUUCUUCCUUAGUCCGUGUGUAAACAGAAAGUGCGUAAAAUAAAUUAAAGUUGAGGUAGCGAUCCCCGAAGGAAACUGCUUCGACGUGUAAUGCGUA